GAAAGGAAUCCAUUCAGGAAACUUUAUUCGGAAUAUAAUCAAUAUGGCUACAGCUGGAUGGUCAACAGUUACAAAAGAAAACACUAACUUUGCUCGAUUGUGUAAAUUACUCAUCGAUGGAGGAACUCAUGCCCUUAGAGUCAUUUUUGAUGCCAAACAUCCACCUCACGAUCUAAGGAAACAUUUGAUGGACAGCAGGAUUCACAACAUCUUAAAGAAUUUGAAGACUAAAAGACAUCUACGACCAGAGCAGUGGAGCAGGCUGUAUCCAAGUGUAGGAAUCGCAACAUCUGCAGGAUUUGACAUAACUCUUUUAAGUUUACUGUUGCGCAAUAUCUGCAAUUUGCCAACACCUGUCAAUGGAUGGGACAAGGAGCCUGCAGCAACAAGUGUUAACGUGGAAGACGAUGUAGUAAGGUUGAGAUUAUAUCGUAACGAACUGGGCCACAUCUCUGAACCAGCUCUAUCAGACGCUGAUUUCAACAAGUACUGGAACGACAUUGAAACUGUUUUGUUAAGACAUGGUGUAAACAAGACAGCCAUUGAUAGUCUUAAGACACAAUCCUUCGAACCAGAAGAUGAAGACUACUACAUCAAAUGCUUAAAAGAAUGGAUCACUGAUGAGGCUGAUAGAGUAAUUCAUGAAGUAAAGGAAUCAGUAACGGAAUCAGAAAAGAGAUUGUUGGAAAAAGUUGAUAACGUAGUGCAGAAGGUAGACCAACUAAGUCCAGAGCGACCUUCAAGUCGACCCGCAAAAUCUAAAGGUAUGAUGAUUUUAUGAUAAUAGAGUAACGGCUAUAACUCUCUGACCAGGUAAAAUAAAACCAAACCAAACCAAACUUAACAAUCCAACAAAUAAACAAAGA